AUAAAUUAACUCCCAUCAAUUUCCAUUUUACAUAAAAAGAAUUCACUUCAUUCUUCGUAUUUUUUUCUAUGGCUUCCUUCGUUUCAACUUCAGUGGUUGCAUCACCCGUUGUUGUUCCCAAAAUCCAAAUCUCCAGUGUCUCUAUGAUCUCUGGUGCAAAAAGAUUUGUAAUCUUCAAGUCAGAGAAAAGAUCAGUAGUACCAUUUUCUCGUUGCUUCAUUUCAUGCUCCCUUGCUCAACCGGAGACUCUGAAAAUAGUGCAGGCCACCAUUGCUAAUCAGUUGUCGAUUGAUGAGUGCACAGUCGCCCCUUCAACCAAAUUUGUGGAUCUUGGUGCUGAUUCUCUUGACACGGUUGAGAUUAUGAUGGCGUUGGAAGAAACAUUUGGAGUGUCAAUAGGCGAAAGCGGAGCUGAAAACAUUGCGACUGUUCAAGAUGCUGCCGAUCUCAUAGAAAAAGUGAAGGCGGAAGCUUGACCUCACCUGCCUCUCAUCAACAUUUCAUUUUGCUUGCUUGCUUCCUCAUCAAUUUUGAUGUUCUAAUAAAUGCAAAUCCUAUUCAUCAGUCAUAAUUAAUACAAACAACCAAUGGAUCAAUUAUCUCAUGGUCAUCGGAUUUUAAGGGUUGUUGGCUUAACUUUGAUGUAAUAGUGAUUAGCUUUCCAGCGGCUUGCUGGCUCUUUAUAUAUAGAUAUAAACUGGUUUUGCCGUUAAAAAAAGAUUAGGCUUAAA